UUCCCCGCGUGCGAUUCGCAUCUCUCCGUCGGCCGCCGCCGGGAUGACACCCGCACCCUCGAUGUCACUCGCGGUAUCUCGUCCGCAUCAAGUCUGAGGGCGACACCUCACAAUACCUGGUGGUUAUGACCGGCACGACAGCAGAGGGGAACUUCGAAUCACUUUGGGAUGAAAGGCACGUUUUCACUCCAUGGCCUCUGUCAGUGGUCAAUAUGCACCUUUCUCCAUCGUCGGAGAUGCAAUUGACCGGGUCAGACGGCCUUUGCAGGGGAAUAACUCCCCGGUUGAUGCGGGCAGUAGCCGAGAUGCAGGCUAUAUAAGGGCUAUCCAGCUCGCGUAAAAUCCACAAAAAGAGUCCUCAGACAACAGCUGGACAACAAGAGCUCGCCAGCUUGCGGAUUUCCUGCUUCAAAACUGCUCCUCCCCUCUGCCUCUUGUGGCCGUUCAUCCCAAUGCCCUCUUCUUCUGUGAUCCUUCGGGCUGCCUACGCCCUAGGCCUCGCGACGGGAACGUCAGCCUUUUCCUACCCAGCCGCCAUCCCUCAGUCAACUCAAGAGAAGCAAUUUUCCCAAGAAUUCCGUGAUGGAUACAGUAUCCUGAAGCACUACGGAGGCAAUGGCCCGUACUCGGAGCGAGUUUCCUACGGCAUUGCCCGUGAUCCCCCCACCGGCUGUGCAGUCGACCAAGUCAUCAUGGUCAAGCGUCACGGCGAGCGGUACCCUUCCCCCGGAGCUGGCGAAGGCAUCGAAGCUACUUUGGACAAGGUCUACUCGGCCAACGUCUCCGAAUGGAAGGGCGACCUUGCCUUCCUCAAAGACUGGACCUACUAUGUGCCCAACGAAUGCUACUACAACGCCGAGACCACCAGCGGGCCCUACGCGGGCUUGCUGGAUGCAUACAUUCACGGGAACGAGUACAAGGCUCGCUACGGCCACCUCUGGGACGGCGAGUCGGUGCUGCCUUUCUUCAGCAGUGGCUACAGCCGGGUCAUCAACACGGCGCGCAAGUUCGGCGAGGGCUUCUUCGGAUACAAUUACUCGACCAGCGCCGCCCUCAACAUCAUCUCCGAGUCGGAGACCGUAGGCGCCAACAGCCUAACCCCAUCAUGCGACGUGGACAACGACACCUCGGUCUGCGAUAAGCUCACCAACCUAAUGCCGCAGUUCAAGGUCGCCGCUGCGCGAUUGAACGCCCAGAACCCGGGCCUGGCACUCAACGAGACCGACGUCUACUACCUGAUGACCAUGGCAUCCUUUGAACUCAACGCCCGCCCCUAUUCCGACUGGAUCAACGCCUUCACGCAAGACGAAUGGGUCAGCUUCGGCUACGUCAACGACCUGAACUACUACUACUGCGCGGGUCCCGGCGACAAGAACACGGCGGCGGUGGGAGCCGUCUACGUCAACGCCAGCCUGACGCUCCUGAACCAGGGACCCGAGGAAGCCGGGGCACUCUUCUUCAACUUCGCCCACGACACAAACAUAACACCCAUCCUCUCCGCCCUCGGCGUGCUCGUCCCAACCGAAGACCUCCCGCUGGACCGCAUCCCCUUCGGCAACCCGUACACAACCGGCAACAUCGUCCCGCAGGGCGGCCACCUGACCAUCGAGCGGCUAAGCUGCAACGCGACCGCACUCUCAGCGAAGGACACCUACGUGCGCCUGGUGCUAAACGAGGCCGUCCUGCCGUUUAAUGAUUGUCAGUCUGGACCGGGGUACAGCUGCCCAUUGGUCAACUUCACGUCGAUUCUGCGGGAGAGUCUGCCCGACUACGUCUCGACAUGCCGGGUGCCGAGCGCGUAUCCGCAGUAUCUGGAUUUCUGGUGGCGGUAUAACACGACCACCGAGCUGAACUAUCGGACUAGUCCCAUUGCGUGCCAGGAGGGGGUCAGUUUGGAUUAGUUGGUUGGGGUUCGAUGCUUCAAUAUGAAGGGUGAUUCAUGAAAGUUUUCCUGUCUGUACUAUCGGUGCACAUGGGUGUCUGCCAGAGUCCUCUACUGCACCUACUGUCCGUACACAGC